GGCAGCACUGCAGAAGCAGUCGAUGGCGGUCCAUCGGUGCAGUGCAGCAAUGAGGUAGACACGUUUUUUGUCUUUUUCGCUUUUAAUUAGCAUAUUUGUUGAUUGAUAAUAAUAAUUCAUAUAAUGUGAACUACCCGGUUGAGUAGAUACGAGUCAAUUAUGUAAUCAGUAUGUAUCUGACGUGGCGUAAGACGAUUUUUGAAAUUGAAAAAAUACCACACGUACUCUCUAUUUAAGCCCUUAACGUCAGCUGCUAAAAACUUCGAGAAAAAAAUAUAUAUCAAAAUACUUAUAAUCAUAUGUAUUUCGUAACAGCUCCACUGAAAAAAGUUAAUAACGUAGAACAAAUUGCGAGCAUUAAAAAACAACUGGAGACUCACUGAACAAGCACUGUAAUUACCAAGACCAAAGCAUUAAACAGAAGACAAAAAAGCAAUGGCCGAUUGGAAAAGUAACAACAGAUCAAUCCCGCCAAAGACUCGUUUUUCGGAUGGUAAACAACUGGGCAUUAUCGAGAAGAUUCUUCAUUCUUACGGCUUUAUACAAUGCAUGAAUAAGGAUUGCCGUCUUUUCUUUCACUUUAGUGAAUUUUACGGAUCUGAUAUGGAAGUAGGGGAUACGGUAGAAUUCGACGUGGCCUUUGAUAAGAAAACAAGUAAACCAAUUGCAGUAAAUGUUGAACGUAGUUUCCAAAAUCAAGAAAACAAUGUAGAAUCAAGAAUGUCGGGAACAGUCGCAACACCAGCAACCCAUGCUGAUUCAUUUGGACGAGGCGAUGCAACAGCAGCAGCAGAUAGUAUGGGCUCUGUAUGCUAUCAGAGAGGAGGAGAAACUUUUUUCGUUCCGUAUGCCCUAGCAGAUACUCCAAAUAAAAAUAUUCUGUCAACUGGAGAUACUGUUGAAUUUGUUCUUGCCGAAGUUGAUAAUGUAUUUAUGGCAAAAAAAGUGAAAUUGUUAAAACGAGGACCUAAACCUGAUCGUUACCAGGGAGUUAUCUGCACAAAAAGAGAUAAUUUCGGUUUCAUUGAACGUUCCGACGUUGUUCGAGAGAUCUUCUUUCACUUUAGCGAAUGGCGUGGGCAAAUGAGACAGCUACAACUUGGUGCAGAUGUUGAAUUUAACAUUUCUCUCAGGAAUGGGAAAGAAGUGGCAACCUCUGUUGAAGCUUUGGAAUCAGGGACAGUUAUUUUUGAAGAUGUUGAUAAAGACAAAAGACGGGGUAGAAUUUUGAAACCACUUUCUACUUUGCAUGAUCAACAAAAUGAAAAGCUAAGACAAUCAGUUUGCGAUCCUCUUGGAGGUAGAAUUGUCUAUGAAACGGUGACUGGUUCAAUAGAAAUUCCAUAUGGGGAUAAAGAUCAGAAAGGAGCCUUCACACUUCUUGAGAACGAUAUCGUGCAUUUUAAUAUUGCUACUGACCGUCGAGAUCAGCUACAAAGAGCAACUAAUAUAACUUUAGUAACAAGUGACACCUUUCGAUUAAACAAUGAGAAAAGGGAAAAAGGACUCGUGACUGCCGUUAAAGAGAGAUAUUGCUUCCUUCGAACUGCUCAAACACCUAGACUUUUCGCUCAUCUUUCAGAAGUGCUUUUAGAAGAAAAUGACGAAGAGGCUACUGAACUCCAUGUCGGUGAUAUUGUUGAAUUUACCUUAGCCUCAACCGAUUCACCAAAUCGGCCAACUGCCCAGCGCUUAUUGAUAAAGCCCUUUAAUUCACCAGAGGCUAGUAAACUUAGAGACUUACUUUCUGAAGAUGAUCUUAUUCAAGGAAUCAUCGACGUAGAAUCCACUCCAGAUCAACCUGGUGCUAUUACGUACAAUCAAAAUUCAGUCGCUAGAUCAAUUUCAUUCAAUUCAGACUCUUGCACCGAAAAUUUCAGCUCAGGAGAUCGUGUCGAAUUUUUGGCCAACGAUGGAGCUGCUUUGUUAGUUAAACGCUGUCAAAAGUUCAUUCGAGGUUAUGUAGCAGCACUCAAAGCCGAAUUUGGUUUCAUUGAGUAUUAUUCACAUGACAAGGAGAUUUUCUUUCAUUUUUCAACUUAUGAAGGGAAUAUUGAGGACUUAGAGUUAGGUGACGAUGUUGAAUUUACUGUUUCAAGGAAAGGUGGUAAACCAGCUGCUGGUGUUGUUAGACGAUCCAAAGUAACAUCAAAGCCAAUGAUGGUAGAAGAAAAAGCUCGUGAUGGUGUUAUUAUUAGGAGUGUACGCAUUUGCAACCCUGAUCAGAACGAAUACAAAGGAGAAAUUGAGGACACAGAAGAUGGAAAACGCUAUUCAUUCUGCGUAAUGAGUCUUGUUGAUAAGCGUGACAUCUUGCAACCUAACGACAAGGUAUCCUUUCGGUUAGCUACUGAUCCAAAUCUUGAGGAAAAUGGUAAAAGUUUAAUGGCGUAUAAAGUUCGUGCCAUUCGGGAGCGAUAUACCGCAACUGUUGAUUGUCUUAAGGGUCAGUUUGGAUUCUUAAACUACGAAAAUGAAACGGGAAAAAAGCUGUUUUUUCAUUUAUCGGAUGUUGUUAGCGAAGGUGUUAUUCGCCCUGGCGACACGCUUGAUUUCGUAAUUGUUCAGAACAAAACCGGACGUUUUGCUGCUAGUAACUUGAGAAGAACGGCAACCUCAACCAUGUCGAGUAACACAAGAGCAAGACCAUUAAGGCUUAUUUCUCGACUCAAGUCAAAUUGUGAAGAUGGACCGAAAGUUGUGGCUAUCAGGCAGCCGUAUGGUCCAGAUACUAAGAGGAAAGGUUUUGAACCAAGAACUGGACCUAUGUCCGUUUGA